GUCCAAAAUAAGUAUCGGUAAAGUCUUUUCCAGCGUUAUCACAGAUUUGUCGCGGAAUGAUCUCGAAUGACUUCGCAAACGCAAUCAUAACGAGCUGGAACUUGCCCGGUAUCGAAAGAUCAGACAGGAACGAGUUCUCUAGUUGAAGAGCAGGUCAAACCUCUUUUCUUUCCGGACUCGGAUGAUGAGGACGUGCAGGCACUACCUACUAUUCUUUGCGGAUAGUGAUGAUGAUGAGUCAUCUACUCAGGCUGAGAAAUCGGUCGCACACAAUGAGGAGGUUCCUAUGGAAGUAGAUGGAAAAACUGAAGAGAUCGUCGGCGGUCGAGCCUCUAGUGUUUCUAGCUCUUCAUCCAAAUCACCCCCCAAUUCGCGAGUACCAUCGCGUUCUUCUCCUGCACCGGAGGGUCCCAGCGAAGAAACCCCAGCGAAGAAACGAAAGCUAUCUCCAGACGGUGCGCCAUACUCCAAGGAACCCAAGUCAGCGUAUCUUGGCUCGUUCCUUGUUGGCAACGCAUGGAGCAAUGUUCGUGGAAAAGGUUAUAUCAAGUCUGGCGAUGAAAUCAGGGAAGAGCUAGAAGACACCGUUGUGGGAUUGACCAAUAAGGCUGAUUUCGAAUUUGGCCGAAUUCCACAGGACGUUUCAUCUGGCCGAGACGGGCGUGACUUCCACUCAAACAUCGAAAUGGCCAGCGGGAGACAGAAGACCUGUCCCUUUUAACCCAGCCAUCGAGAGCGAAUGAAGGGAAGAAUGUAGUCAAGACUGAAAUUGUCGGUGACAUCGAAGAGAUCGAGGUCGAAGGCGACCGAGAAGACUUGUCGAACGAGCUGAACCUCGUUUACAAGAGGCCGCGGAUCAAGGCGAAGAGGAGAGAGCCGAAGGAGCAGGAGGUGAAGGCUGCUGAUGCUGGAGAUCCAAGUUAUAUUACCUGUCGGAUGGUAGCUCUACACUUUGCAUAAUCGAGUUUGGCUAUCGUGCUUCCGGGAUUUACCGCUGUGACCCGUUAGA